AUGGACGCGAGCCCCAAGAUGGUGCGAGCCAACCGGCUAAAGCAAAUCUUCGACGAAGGCAAACGCCCCGCCUUCGGUUUCUGGCAGGUACUACCCGGGGCCAACGUUUCGAGGCUUCUUGCGAGGUCGGGGCCAGACUGGGUGUUGCUUGACUGCGAACACGGCAAUAUCGAUGAUGCACAGAUGCACGAAGCGGUCCCUGCCAUCGCGGCAGAGGGAGUUUCCCCUAUUGUUCGCCUGCCAGACACCCAGCCAUGGAUGGUGAAGCUCCCACUAAUUCGGACCGUCGAGGAGGUCAAAAACUUGGUUGCUGCGGCCAAGUUCCCACCGCAAGGACAGCGAGGCUUUGGCUCCCCAUUCGCAAUGCAGACCUUCGGGGCUGGGUUGAGCAUGACGGAAUAUCUGCAGCAGGCGAAUGACAGCCUGUUACUAAUGGUGCAGAUCGAAACUCGGGAGGCUCUAGAAGUGGUGGAAGAAAUAGCGCCGCUUGUUGACGUCGUGUUCGUUGGACCGUUCGACCUUGGUAACAGCAUCGGCCAUCCAAUAUUGGGUCCUAAGAUAGACCUCGAACUACAGGACGCUGUCGCGAGGAUCUUCAAGGCCACCAUCGCGGCUGGCAAGAAGUGCGGCAUUUUACUGUGGUUCCGGAGAACGUAG